UGCCAGUCUAGUGAUGGUUCUGUUCUGCUGCUUUUCCUGCUAAUUUCAUGGCAAAGUUUGCAAUAACAAAUAAUCGAUACAAAUGAUAUACUUCCUCAUUUUAUAAUUCUGCCAGGGUAGUGUCAUGGACGACUAUGUGAAAAGGAAGUUACAAGAAUGGGUACUCAGUGAGUACAUUGACAACUUUAAAGGUCAACAAAUUUCAGAAACCAAUUUCAAGCUCCUACUUGGUGAAGAAAAAGCACAGGAGGCCUUGAUUCCACCUUGGGGACCAAGGCUUAUAUUCAAAAAGAAACUUGAAGAAUUAUGUAACAACCAGAUUGAGCCCUCAACCAGCAAGAUGCUAUCUCCCUGUGCUACCUUUACUCCAGGCAAAAGGAACACUGAUGAGGCUAAUCCACCAAUAACCAAACGGCUGUGUGGCACUUCAUUGGGAAGAGCAGAUGGCUUGACAAAGGAAAAACAGAUCAUGAAACGGGUCAAAGGCAAACUCCAAAGCAAACCUGCCGAUCAGCAAAGUUCAUUGAAGUUCAAAGAAUUCCUUAGCCAUAAAAUCAAAGUGUUGGAGACUGACAAAAAAGAGGUAGUGGGUGUAUUUGGGAAGACUGGGGCUGGCAAAAGCUCUUUGAUUAACAGCAUCUUGGAUAAGGUCAAUUUACUGCCCUCUGGAGACGUCAGUGCAUGCACCUCAGUCAUGAUUCAGGUGGAGGCUAACAUGACCAGGGACGGAAAAUACACUGCAGAGAUUGAGUUCAUUACGCCCGAGGAAUGGGAAGAGGAGCUUCAGUCCAUCUUAGCAGAGAGAAAAUCAGAAGAGGGAAAUGAUGACGAGAAGGAGGACAGUGGUGGCGACACAGAUGAAUAUGAUGAUGCUGAUAAGAUCUAUGCAUUGUACAGAGAAGAUGGAAAUGAGGCAUCUGUGAACAAUCUGAUGGACAGCAGGCACUUUAAAUCAAUUCCAGAGUUUCUCCUAGGAAAAAAGAAAGAAUUUAAAACAUCUCAGGCAGAAGAACUCUCUAGAGAACUUUGGUGCUACUUACGGAGUGACAUACUGAGUAACGAACAACAAUAUUGGCCGCUUGUGAAGUCUGUGACCAUCAAGAUACCAAAUGUCAAAGACCUUCUGGAGCACAUUGUGCUGAUUGAUCUUCCAGGCAAUGGAGACUGCAACAAGAGUAGAGAUGAGAUGUGGAAAUCGGUUGUUGGAAGAUGCACCACUGUGUGGAUUGUGAGUGAAAUUAAUCGACCAGUGUCAGAGAAGGAAGCUUGGGAGAUCUUAGACAGAAGCGUCAGCUACUUGGGACACGGUGGACAAUGUCGAAGCAUCAGUUUCAUCUGCACAAAAACAGACAACAUCGGUGUGGAUUAUGACAUGAAAAAAGAACGUGACAGUAUAUUGAGCAGAAAUAUGGUUGCCAAGAAAAAGGUGGAAGAGAAAUUCAACAAGCAACCAAAAAUCAAGGAACAAUUCAACAUUGACAAGGACUUUUUCCAAGUGUUUACUGUGAGUUCCAAGGAAUUCCGGAAGAACAGGGUUUUACAGCCAGAAGACACAGAAAUACCCAAACUUCAGGAAUUUCUCAGAAAUCUCAAUGAUCGUAGCACAAAGACUUCAGAUUAUGUUUCUGGAGCCUAUGGGAUCCUCUCUCUGAUACAAGGAGCCAAAAGCAGCGACAUGACAGACAGCAAAAAAGAGGUGUGCCAGGUUCUGGAAAAUAACCUGAAAGAAGGGCUCGAAACCAUUGGUCAAACUAUGGAUGAGGCUUAUGAAGCUUUUGAACGAUGCCUCUCAGAAGGAGUUCGACAAUCAGUAGAAACAUGUGAGAAAAUUGCCAAGGAUAAAGUGAUAGAACCAAAGGGAACAAAUGGCAGAUGGUAUCAUAAGGUAUUGAAGUCCUUAUGCAAGAAUAACGGAGUUUACAAACCAAUCAGAAAAAAGGGAAAGAAAAGUCAAAGGGAAAGAAACCUUAAUGACAGUUUGGCCUCAUGUAUGAGAGAUCUCAGCAAUGAAACGUUCAAGAAAUAUUUCCCAAAUCAAGGCAAGGGCAGCUCAAUCAAUGAUUUGAUUGAUAACUUCACCCUUGACACAAACAGCUUGGUUGAGGCGCACCCAGAAGUGUCACUGCAUCUUACAUUCCUCAAGACGGAGGAAACCAAAUUGAAGGCAAAACUAACGAGGGACAUCCGUGAGAGGAAGAAAGAAAUCUACAACAUUCUCCCAAAGUCAAUCAGUGACACAAUGCGCCCAUGCUAUGAAAGGGCGGCACUGUAUACAGGACCAGACAGUCUGGAGAGUAUGCGAAAGGAGCUGAGGAAUCACUUGAAGACAUUUAAGGAAGAAAUGUUCCACAAGGCCAAGAAAGAGAUGCUGGAUCUCCUCAAAGAAAUGAAGAAACACAUUGUGGAGGAGCUGGAGCGUGAACUACAAGAAUCCAUGAGCCAGUCACUCAAGACGCCUGACAGCUUGCUCGUCCCAGAUGUCUCUGAGGAAUAUGAAGAGAUGAAGAAGUGCUAUGAGAAACUGCCCAGCAGCACCAAUGCAGCACCAACAACUGCCUGAUCAAGAAAAGCCUGUCUAAGACCACAGUCAAGCUGGGAUUUGCAGGCUAAUUAGAUAAUCAUAAUAAGUUUUUGUCUCAAUAUAUUUUCGUUUCUAUAUCAUAACCUAUUUGAUAUGCACCACGAACUAACCAAGCAGUACUACCAUAUGCCUGUAUUUUUUAUUUUACCUUUAUUUAACUAGGCAAGUCAGUUAAGAACAAAUGCUUAUUUUCAAUGACAGCCUAGGAACAGUGGG